AAGUUGUCGCAGUCACUUGUCAGCCGCCUGUCGACGAGGCCGCACUUCGAGUCGCCUCAAUGUUCGGGGGUCUCAAUCGCGUGUAGUGAAAUUAUAUCACGAAUUAUACAUAUAAUUCUUGUUCUUUUGUUAAUUAUAUGCAAUUUGCCAAACGAUUGGCCAGUGAAAAUGCCAAUAUAUUGUGAUUUUAAUUUAUCGCGUGCCGCUGCCGUGUACUACACUGGUGAACAAAUUUCGGGUUGUCUCUCAAUAAAAGUGGACCGCAAGAAGCCUGUUCCCGUGGAGGGUAUAAGCAUCAUCCUAAGUGGCAUCAGCUAUGUACACUGGAAGGAGUCCCUCGGUGGACCACCACAAAUCGAACACAACGACAGCUCCAGGAGCUGCCUGGAGGAGCCAACCAAGGUGGAUUACACAGGCAGCAAAGUUCACAUAAAUCAAGUUAAGAAGUUGACCGCUGGACAACGCCUACUUCCGGGCAUUAUCCAACUGUGGAGCUUUGACUUUGAACUUCCCGAAAGUCUGCCAGCCACUUGUCGAGUUGGUCAUGGCUCUGUCGAGUAUACCCUUAAAGUGAUUAUUGAACGAAGGAGCAAACAUUUCAAGUGCUUCACGCAGCGUUUGGUCAUCAGAAGAAGCCUCGCACUUACAGAUCUCAAGCCGCAAAUGAAGGAGGAAUCAUGCCUGAGACUUUGGCUUCCAAGAAGUGUCUUUGUGCCAGGUCAAAGUGUUGUCUAUGAAGUGGCAUCGAAGGAUGGCUCUGCUGCCAUCACACGGCUAUGUCAGUGUAUCUAUUAUGAGGGUCAAAAUCCUGAAAGAAAGAUAAAAAAAGUCAUACGUAUCCUAUCAGAGUGCUCCGAAUUCCAAGCUGAACUUCGUUUGCCUUUGACCUCCCCGAUUAUGACUGAUGAAAGGCAGCCACAAGCCAUAGAAAUCAGUUAUUAUAUCGAGACUCUAAGCCACAUGAAACCUCCUCUAAGGCUGCCAAUUUGUGUGGGAACUUCAGCACCACCUGCUAUUUCUAUCGUUGAAUCUUCCCGUCUUUGUUUUGUGAAUUUAGCCCUCAGUCAAAGCGAAUUGUUUGAGCCAAUUAAUCAGCUACUGGCCCACAGCUACUAUUCCCAUGAAAGUGGUGCCCUGGCCCUAAAUAAACACUCCGAACGGAUUAAAUUACUGACAUGCCAGAAGAAAGAGUCGUAUGUGCAAUUUUUAAUGCGGUAUUUCUAUAGAAGAUUGCUACCAUAGCACGUGCCUGACUGGGGAAUAUCAAUAGAAAAUUAUGCCAUGGAAUUCACAUGUUUAUAAUGAUAUACGUUUGGAAAUUACUGGAAUUUAAGCGCUACUUAAAUGAGCGAAUAAACUAUACAAUGGGAAUCGAGGGAGGAGUGUCCCCAUUAACCUUAGAAUCUCAUUCUCUCGUUUUUACUCUAUUAACAGUA